CCGUUGUUCGAGCUGAACUCAUCCUCAUGUUUCCAAACAUCGUUGAAGAUGACAUUCGACGAGAAUAUCAUACUCGCUGUUUCAUACCACAAAUCUAGAAAUGAGCAUCCCGAAAUACCAUAUAAAGACAUCUCUCUGCCCACUAAACCUCUCUCUUACUUCGAUUGCAAUCCAGAAAACAAACCCACCGCGUACUUCACGAAUCAUGGAGAUGGGUCUUACGACAUCCCGACCAGACGAGGCGGAGGCAGGAGAGACGAGAGGUGAUAUGGAACCUCACAUGCAGUCUCUCGACACCCGGUCCAUUGAAGAGAGCAACAUGAUGGCCGCGACACAGAGCGAGGCAUCCGACGGAUCGCGACGUCCACUGACCUCGGAAACCACCCGGGCACGCACCUAUGAAUCGUUCCCGGCGUUUGAAUCACAUGACGACCGGUCAGUCAAGAGUGGAUGUGGAGUGUGUCGGGUAAUCCUAGGACCACAGUGCAGUUCGGCUGUCUCGUCACUUCGUAAAGUGCUCGAUGUGGAUUCUUGGAAGAAGAAGAAGAAGAAGAAGGAGAAGGAGAAGCAAGGAGCUGACUCUAAUGAGACACAGGGCCGGCCCCAUGAAGAUUCCGGACAUCUAAGGGCCACCGAUGCGGUCGGAGCGUGGUUUUCCACGCGGCCUCGGUCUCGGUCUCGGUCUCGGUCCCGGUCUCGGACCCGGUCUCGGUUCGGGUCAUUUGUCAACAUCCGCCCAACUUCGGUGUCGUCGACGCAGGCUCGUCAAAAUCAGGGCGACAUCUGAAAGUGGAGAUCAGGGUCGGACGAAGGCGACUCAAAGUUCAUUGAAUGUAGUCAUGUGUAGGAAUGGGCCGAAUGGCUAAGGCUUUACCGCUUA